CACGACUGAUUAAUCAUAAUUGUUUUUUUUUAUAAAAAAACAAUUGAAUAUGAUUAUUUAAUGUGAUUCAUUUUUAUCAUUUUAUAAAUUGUUUAUCAAAAGUUGAAAUAAUCAACAUUUCAACACAUAAAAAGUGUAAAAUAAUAUUAUCGGCAUUACUGGCUAACCUCACAAUUAAAAAUGGUUAAGGAAUUAUAUCGUGAAGGCGAUUCUAAUCGUUUAAUUAAACACGUACAGUUUGGUGUCUCCAGUAGUACAGAGAUAAAACAACAAGGUCAUGUACCAGUUGUUGGAUCAGCUUUAUACACCGAGAUUGGUCAUGCACCAAGACCAUUUGGUGCACUUGAUAAACGUAUGGGUGUUACUGAAAAGGGUCAACACUGUCAAACAUGUGGAAAAGGUUUACAAGAUUGUAUUGGACAUUUUGGUUACAUGGAUCUUGAGUUACCAGUAUUUCAUGUUGGUUUUUUUCGUCAAAUAAUAUCAAUAUUACAAAUGAUAUGUAAAAAAUGUUCACGUGUUAUGCUUGAUCCAGAUCUUAAAAAUGAAUAUUUACGUAAAAGUAAAAAUUCAAAACUUGAUUAUGUUGCUAAAAAAAUAUUGAAAAAACAAAUAUUAGAAAAAGUUAAAAAAACAACAAUAUGUCCAUACUGUAAAGAAUUAAAUGGUGUUGUUAAAAAAGGUGGUUUAUUAAAAAUAGCACAUGAUAAAUAUCGUUCAAAAAAAAAAGACAACCCAAUUGUAUUAAAAAAAUUAGCUGAAUAUGAUAAUAUAUUUGAUGAAAAUAAAGAAAUUAAACAAAUACUUGAAAAAAGUAUGGUACAAACAUUAAAUCCACUUGAAGUUGAAGCAUUAUUUAAAGCAAUACCACUAGAGGAUAUGAGUUUAUUAAUGAUUGCAAAUGAUGCUAAACCAGAGGAUUUAGUUAUACGAAGAAUACCAGUACCACCAAUAUGUAUACGUCCAAGUGUUAAAUCAGAUUUUCGUGCUGGUACAAAUGAAGAUUCAUUAACUGGUAAAUUAACUGAAAUACAAAUAAUAAAUACUGCAAUUGGUAAACACAUUGCAUCUGGUGCUAAAAUACAAAAUUAUAAUGAACACUGGGAAUUUUUACAGCUACAUGUAUCAUUAUAUAUUAAUAGUGAAAUGUCUGGUAUACCAUUAAAUAUGCAACCUAAAAAAUCACUACGUGGUAUUGUACAAAGAUUAAAAGGUAAACAGGGUCGUUUUCGUGGUAAUUUAUGUGGUAAAAGAGUUGAUUAUUCAAGUCGUACUGUUAUAUCACCAGAUCCAAAUUUACGUAUUGAACAAGUUGGUAUACCAAAAUAUGUUGCUAAAAUAUUAACAUAUCCACAACACGUUAAUAGUGCAAAUAUUGAAUUAUUAAGAAAACUAAUAAUAAAUGGUCCAGAUGUACAUCCAGGUGCAAAUUUUGUAAAAGAUAAAGAUACAAAAAAUCGUAAAUUUCUUAAAUAUGGUAAUCGUCAUAAAAUUGCACAGGAUUUAAAGUAUGGUGAUAUUGUUGAACGACAUUUAAUGGAUAAUGAUCUUGUGCUAUUUAAUCGUCAACCAUCACUUCAUAGAUUAAGUAUAAUGUCACACAGAGCUAAAGUAUUGGAACAUAGAACAUUUAGAUUUAAUGAAUGUGCAUGUACACCAUAUAAUGCUGAUUUUGAUGGUGAUGAAAUGAAUAUACAUUUACCACAAACUGAAGAAGCAAGAGCUGAGGCACUUAUUUUAAUGUCAUCAAAAUCAAAUCUUGUUACACCACGUAAUGGUGAAUUAAUCAUUGCAGCAACACAAGAUUUUAUAACUGGUGGUUAUUUAAUAACACAAAAAGAUACAUUUUUUAAUAGAAUACAAGCAUGGGAAUUGGCAAGUUGUUUAUUAGCUGGUGACGAUUCAAAUAUGGAUAUAAAAUUACCAAUACCAGCAAUUAUUAAACCAUAUGAAUUAUGGACUGGUAAACAAAUAUUUAGUUUAAUAUUACGUCCAAAUGAUAAAACUAAAAUUAAAGCAAAUCUUGAAACACGUGUUAAAGUUAAAUUACAAUCAAAAUUAUAUAAAAGAGAAUUUUGUUUAGCUGAGGGUUAUGUAAUUAUUAGAAAUUCUGAAUUAAUUGCUGGUGCAAUGGUCAAGCUGACACUUGGUUCUGGUUCAAAAAAUAAUAUAUUUUAUAUAUUACUACGUGAUUGGGGUGAAGAAUCAGCAACAACAGCAAUGUGGAGAUUAGCUAGAAUGGCUAGUCAUUAUUUAAUGAAUCGUGGUUUUUCAAUUGGUAUUAGUGAUGUUAAACCAGAUAAAAAACUUAUUCAAGGAAAAUUAGAACUUCUUGAUAAAGGUUAUGAACAAUGUGAUGAAUUUAUUGAAGAAAUGAAAAGUGGACGAAUGAAAAAUAUACCUGGUAUGUCUAUUGAAGAAACACUUGAAUCAAAAUUACUUGGUACAUUAUCAAAACUUCGUGAUGAAGCUGGUAAUACAUGUUUUGAAAAUCUUCAUCCAAGUAAUAGUCCAUUAAUAAUGGCAAAAUCUGGUAGUAAAGGUAGUUAUAUUAAUAUUGCACAAAUGAUUGCUUGUGUUGGACAACAAGCUGUUAGUGGUAAACGUGCACCAGAUGGUUUUGAAAAUCGUUCAUUACCACAUUAUGAAGUUAAUUCAAAAGCACCAGCAGCAAAAGGUUUUGUAUCAAAUUCAUUUUUUUCUGGUUUAACACCAACUGAAUUUUUUUUUCAUACAAUGGGUGGACGUGAGGGUCUUGUUGAUACUGCUGUUAAAACAGCUGAAACUGGUUAUAUGCAACGUCGUUUAGUUAAAAGUUUAGAAGAUCUUUGUUUAAGUUAUGAUAUAACUGUUAGAAAUUCAGUUAAUGAAGUUAUACAAAUUGUUUAUGGUGGUGAUGGUCUUGAUCCAUCAUAUAUGGAAGGUGAUGAUCGUCCAGUUAAUUUUGAACGUGUAUUAAAUCAUGUUAGAGCAAUAUUACCAGAUAAAAAUGAAAAAUCAUUUGAUGGACCAACACUUGAAAAAGCAACAAUGACAUUAUUAGGAGGUGAUGAGUAUUCAUGUUUAAGCUAUGAUUUUAAAGAUAAAUUAAUUAAAUUUUUAUUAUCAAUAGCUGAUAAAAUAACAUUAAAUAGAAAAUAUUAUCCAGAAGAAUCAAAAAUUUCACAACAAUUAGAACGUAUAACAUUAUCACAACUUGUUGAAUUUGUAUUUACAUGUAAAGAAAAAUAUAUGAAAUCGAAAGUUGAACCUGGUACAGCUGUUGGUGCAUUAGCAGCACAAAGUAUUGGUGAACCUGGUACACAAAUGACACUUAAAACAUUUCAUUUUGCUGGUGUUGCAUCAAUGAAUAUAACACAAGGUGUACCACGUAUUAAAGAAAUUAUAAAUGCAACAGCUAAAAUAAGUACACCAAUUGUAUCAGUUAAACUUGAAGUUGAUAAUGAUCCUGAUAAGGCUAGAAUUGUCAAAGGAUUAAUUGAAAGAACAACUAUUGGUGAAAUUACAGAAUUUAUGGAAGAAAUUUAUCGUCCAGAUGAUUGUUUUCUUCUUCUUAAACUUGCUACUAACAGAAUGCAAUUACUUCAAUUACAAGUUAAUGCUGAAUCAAUAAGAUUUUCAUUAAUUAAAUCAAAACUUAAAUUAAAUCCACGUGAUGUUACUGUUAUGAGUGAUUCAAUAAUAUCUAUUAGACCAAAUUCUGAUAAACACAGUAUGAAUUAUCAAUUAUCAAUGUUAAAAGAAUCUGUUCUUAAUAUUGUCGUUCAAGGAAUACCAUCUAUUUCACGAGCUGUUAUUAAUAAAAAUGAAGGUGGAAAAACAACAACGUAUCAAGUAUUUGUUGAAGGUGAUAAUCUUCGAGAUAUCAUGGCAACAUGUGGUGUUGAUGGACAUAAAACAAAAUCAAAUAAUACUAUUGAGGUGGCCAAAACAUUGGGUAUUGAAGCUGCAAGAAAAGUCAUUGGUAGAGAAAUUAAAAGUGUCAUGGCAACUCAUGGAAUGAGUAUUGAUAGAAGACAUGUUAUGCUUGUUGCUGAUUUAAUGGCAGCUAGAGGAGACAUACUUGGUAUAACUCGUCAAGGUUUAGCUAAAAUGAAAGAAUCUGUUUUAAAUUUAGCAUCGUUUGAAAAAACAGCUGAUCAUUUAUUUGAUGCUGCAUAUUAUGGACAAAAAGAUGAAAUAUGUGGAGUAUCUGAAUCAGUUAUCAUGGGAAUACCAGUUCCAAUUGGUACUGGUUCUUUUAAAUUGUUACAAAAAUCAAAUCGUGAUGAGAUCACCAAAAGUUCACUUAUUUUUGAUGCACCAAAUGACAAUCCAUAAAAUCAAAACUUUCCAUGAAAUUAUCAGACCAUCAAGUACAUAAUAUUGUCAAUAUAAUAAUUAUUAUUUCAACAUUAAACAGUUUUGUAAAUAUAAAUUAAUAAAUGAUUAGUUUAUCAUUUUUUAUUUUAGUUUGUUCAUUCAAUGGAAAAUUUUAGUCAAUAAUCUAAAUAUAAUGGGGACAUGUAUAUAUAUUUUUUUUUAU